GAGACAGGAGGGAAUGUGUAUAAAAGAGGGUGCAUGUAACCCGGAGAGAGAAAGAGACAGAGAGUGAGAUCGGAGUGAAGACGCACUGUGCAUUCGCUGCUGAAAGGAGAAGAAACAGAAGUGCGCGUCAUGGGUUUCUACACUUUACUGGUAACCUUGAUGUGCACAGUCGUGCUUCCCGUGCUGCUGCUUUUAGCCGCGGUGAAGCUGUGGCAGAUUUUGGUAACCCGAGGACUCGACCCGAGCUGCACCAGCCCUCUUCCCCCGGGUACCAUGGGUCUGCCUUUCAUUGGAGAGACGCCGCAGCUCAUCCUCCAGAGAAGGAAGUUCCUGCGCAUGAAGCGUGAAAAGUACGGCUUCAUCUACAAGACGCACCUUUUCGGGAACCCCACGGUGCGCGUCAUGGGCGCUGAGAACGUGCGCCAGAUCCUGCUCGGGGAGCACAGGCUGGUCGCAGUGCAGUGGCCCGCGUCUGUCAGAACCAUCCUGGGGUCAGACACGCUGUCCAACGUGCACGGAUCUCUGCACCGAAACAAGAAAAAGGCGAUCCAAAAGGCGUUCUCUCGGGAUGCUCUGGAGCACUACAUCCCGGUGAUCCAGGAGGAGGUCCGGGGCGCGAUCGCUGAGUGGCUCGAGCGCGACGCGCCCGUGCUGGUGUACCCGGAGAUCAAGCGCCUCAUGUUCCGCAUCGCCAUGAGAAUCCUCCUGGGCUUCGAACCUGAGCAGAUCAAAAGGGACGAACAAGAACUUGUUGAGGCUUUCGAGGAAAUGAUCAGAAACCUUUUUUCCCUCCCAAUUGACGUCCCGUUCAGCGGGUUGUAUCGGGGCCUCAAAGCACGCAAUUUUAUUCAUGCCAAAAUUGAGGAGAACAUCAAGAAGAAAAUCCAAGAUGGGGACAAUGAGAACGAGCCCUUGUACAAGGAUGCUCUACAGCAGCUGAUAGAAAACAGCAGGAGAAGUGAUGAGCCGCUCAGCAUGCAGGCGAUGAAGGAGGCGUCAACUGAACUUCUCUUUGGUGGACACGAGACUACUGCCAGUACAGCAACUUCUCUGGUGAUGUUCUUGGGACUCAAUCCAGAGGUGAUUCAGCGAAUCCGAGAGGAGCUCGAAGAGAAGGAGGUUUCAAGCAUGUAUUUGCCCGAAAGAGUUCUUACUAUGGAGACACUGGAACAUCUCAAGUACACCAGUUGUGUCAUUAAAGAAACCCUCCGGAUUAACCCACCUGUGCCUGGUGGAUUCCGUGUUGCACUUAAAACUUUCGAACUUAAUGGCUUCCAGAUUCCCAAAGGCUGGAAUGUCAUUUAUAGCAUUUGCGAUACCCAUGAUGUUGCAGAUAUCUUCCCCCACAAAGAGGAAUUCCAGCCAGAGAGAUUCAUGACCAAAGGCUCGGAAGACAGCUCCAGGUUUAACUACAUCCCCUUCGGAGGAGGAGCCAGGAUGUGUGUGGGAAAGGAGUUUGCCAAAAUGCUCCUCAAGAUAUUUUUAGUCGAGUUAACGCAGCACUGCAACUGGACACUUUUGAAUGGACCCCCGACAAUGAAAACGGGCCCAACUGUGUAUCCUGUGGACAAUCUUCCCACAAAGUUCUGCCGUUACGUUACUAAUUAGCUCCAUUAUAUCAAGCAUGAACUGUUGACAUUGGGGAUUGUACAGAUGUUGUGUAUAUAUUUUAAUUUUGAAAGAUGUAAUGUAUGAUUUAUGUCAAAUCUGUAUAUAAUUCCAUUGUUUAACUAAGGGCACUCUUUUUAUGAAUCACUGUAUAUCUCUGGGGUUUAUAAUGUAUAUUUGUAAUGUAGUUUUAUAUAUAUAUAUAGAUCAUAUGCAUAUAUAUAUAGUGUGUUCUAUUGAAUGCAGGUUAACUUAAAUUUUCAA